AUGUCGGGCGCCAGCAACAGCAACAACUCACGCCACGAGGAGGUCUAUGAAUUGCAACCUCUCUUCAGACUUGGUGAUCCUGACCGGCUGUUCGACAGCCCACUUGCCGAACGUAUCAGCACGCUCUUCACCAUGCAUGCUUCCAGCAAUGAGACUGAAGGUGACCCAUAUGACGACCUACUGCUCGCGGGCAAGGCAAAACAUCCAUCGUCGAACUCGCAUGAGAAUGAAUGUGAGAAAGCGCCUUCUGCGGUCGAAGCCCCGGAGGUAGCGCCAGUGGACGCCGCCAGUCCGCCCGACCAUGCAGAAGCGCCAGUCCCCUCUCACCGGGUGGGAAGUCUUGACAAAGAGGUGGACGUGGCUCUUGCGAAAGCCAAAGCCAAGGUCGUCAUCACGAUGUUCUGCAGCGUGGUUAUCAGCCAGGGUCUCGCUACGAUUGUCGCCAUGGUCAUGGCUGCCGUGGCGAUCGGACAGGCCCUGCUUCUCAUGUUCUUCUCGCUCAUUGUCAUGAUGUGGUUCAUGAAGAGCAUCAUCAAAGACCUGUAG